AUACAAAAGAAUUGCUUUUAUUAGGAAAUGUGUGAUGUUGUUUCAAAGAGACGUCUGAAACUGUAGAUGACCUUAAAAUGAUCUCAUGCUCCAUGUUUGAAGCUAACCCCCUAUCUAUGUUUAUGUGCUAUUGUACUGCAUGUCCGCUUUUAUGGCUUUGUUGUAAUUCUGAAAUUUUCCCAGUUGACUAAUAUCUUGUUAACAAUCACUCAUAUUUCACAAGCAGACUUCUUGAGGGCUUAUUAAAAUGAAUAUUGUAUGGAAGGAUGAGUGGUCAUCUCAUACAAAAUUGAGAGCAUGCUGCAAAGAGAACUUUGAUCUGUCGAUUACGUCGCAAUGUCAUAAAGAUGUGCAUUGAGGAACAAUAAAGUGCGUGGAAGUCAUUUUAUAUAUUAUCUACCACAUCUUUAUGUCAUAACGUUAGUGACAUGUUGCCAAUGAAUAGCGUGUUCAUACCAGGUACUGUUAUAUCAAGCAGAAAUAGCGAAAGCUCAUUAUUCCUUGAAGCGAGACCAAGCACAAUAUCGUGCGAAUAUCAUCAUUUUUUAAUUAGUUCGAUUGUUAUAUCUACAUGUUCAAACUCAAUAUUGGGAAAGUUGUAUGAAAAAAUUACGUUUGAUUUAUUUGGGUAAUUCCCAUUUUUUUUACGAGGUUUGUUGUCAUAUUCAUUACCAGCUAUUAUCAUUACUAAAUGAUUACAUUACGAUACAUGAUUUUAACAUUCUUGUUACUUUUUUUUUCAUAUUUACUACAAUCAUUAUCAUUAUCAUUAUUAUCAUUAUCAUUAUUAUCAUUAUUAUUAAUAUUGUAAUUGUUAGGAGUAUAAUAAUGGGAGUAUAGCACUCUGUAUUUUAGAUUUUACAUCAUUAUGAUUAUGUGCAUGCGGCGUGUCUUUUCAUGCUUUUGGAAGUUGUUUACUUACUUUAUAUUUCAUUGGCUUAAUCAUUAAAAUUUAUUCAGUAUUGAGCCCCCUAUAUUUGUUAUUAUAUGACUUCAUCUGUUCCAGAGGUCAGACAUUUGGAGGUUGACCAUGUUAUUGGAAAACAUUCUUGGUUAUCCUAAAGGAAUUCAUCCUUGAUAUUUCCACAUCAUUAAAUCAGCUUUAAGAACGAAAAUCCUUCAAAAUUUACAAGAGGUAGAGUAAAUGAAGAGAUAAGAUAACAAACAGGUGUGUUGAUUCACAGGUCUUCGUACUUAUCAUAAUCAAAUAAAUGUUUUGGUUAGAUAUUAUGGGAUGCCCUAAAAUAAUUUGAUCAUUAUAUCUCAUAUGGUCUGUGAAGACAGCUUCCAUUUAGAUACAUCCGCUCUUUCUAAGGAUGUAGUGAUUCGUUACAGCUACAUGAAUUGAACAUCCUGAAUUGAAGAUGGCUUUACUCAAACGAACCUUCACUCUCUUGAUCAUACUAUGGGUACAAAACACUUGUCAGGGUGAAGACACUUCAACAACACGUUUUGGGGUUUUUAAUACGACCCCUAUCACCGAAUAUGAAACGAAGACAGGGCAAAGUCAAUUAGAGGACCAUGGGACUCACUCGGCUUUGCAACUAACUACCACAUUUCCAGAGAACGAUGACAUCGAUCCUGACGUAGAUUUUCAGAAAGAAUCUCCUGGUCAGGUUUCUAAGAGACAUAAGUGUGGAUUCAUAGAUUCGUGUUUUGGAAGAUGUGGAUCAGGGCCUUCCGACUUUGAUUCUAUAUACACUUACUUGGUGAGCACCAAGAAGAUAUCAUCAAUCCGUACCGGUUACCUAUGCUUCUGCGAUUCUCGUUGUCCUCUGUAUGGUGAUUGCUGCAGUGACUACGAUGUCCAGUGCCUAUGUGACGAUAACGAACUAAAUGGAAAACUAACAGAUGGUAUGAAAGAGACGGACGUACCCAGUGGAGCUGUAGGAGUAGUUGGUGCUUCCCCUCACUUGUCCAUGGAAUAUAGUUUAAAGGACCUCAACGAUCAAGAUGAUGACCAAUCUGAUGAUAUGUACUUAACGAAACACAUACUAGAAUGUACCCAUUUGGAUGAAGUCGAGUUUGGAUCUGUCCUGGUGGAAACGAAGUGUCAUGCAGACUGGAAAGACAAAAACAUCGAAACUCAUUGUACAAACAUCGAUCAUCGAGAUGAUAUUGCUAAGCUUUUCGUUCAAGGGACUGACGGCAUAACAUAUCGAAAUAUUUUCUGCGCAAAAUGCAACUUCGUGAGCAUUUUUCAUUUCUGGAUCCAGGAUGCGUACUGCCAUGGAGAAUUACCAAAUUCUGUUUAUGAUAAGCCAGAGAUAUUGUCAAGCUACCUAAGGAAGUACUGUAUAACGAGAUUCCGUGUGCCAUUCGGACAAGAAUUCCGACCAUGCUUGAGAAUGAUAGACCAUUGCCCCACAAAUAUAUCACAAAAGUCAAGGUGGUUAGAACAGAAUUGUGUGUCUGGGCACCUGUCCUUGGUUGCUACUGAUAUCUCCUCUUCCAAGGUGUGGGGUUCUACAUUAUAUCGCAAUGCUUUUUGCGCGGAAUGCAACGGAGUUGAAGAAAGUUUGAUCAAAUGCCCGACGAAAGACACACUUCAGGACCAUUUUCUCCGUAAUUCCACUGGCCGCGAUGGACCGAAACAAUCAAACGGCGACAGAGAGAUUACUAAUAGAAUUGUCACAAAUUACAACAUGGCAGCUAUAGAUCAGAGCAGCACUGUGGUGUAUGAAGAAAAUGGACUGGUUGUUCGAAUAAUAGAUACAUGUGAGGAAGGACAGGUUUUUGAUCCUUACUUAGGGAAGUGCCGACAACUCUACUGCGCUGACGGGUAUACCCUUGUGAAACAGGAUUGCGUACCAGUCACAGCAACUGAUGAGCUGGACGAUGAUGACAUUGUGAUAAUUGUGGAAGCGAUCACUGCUGCGAUCAACGAAUCGAUUGGUCUCAACGAGGAGCUAGUGAUUACUGUGCAACUUUCCUUACAAUUGGAUAAUAACCAUAAGAAAAAUAAAGACGGGGCGGUAGAUGUGCAAGUGCCUUCUAUCGAUAAAGGGGAGCUACCAUUUAACCAAGCGAUAUUCAAUAACAGUUCAUGGGAUAUUUAUAUAAGCCCAGUAUAUGCCAACGGUUCCGUUACCGAUCAGCAGCCUGAUGAUGUCGCCUACGAAGUAAUUGUUACAAUGGUAGUCGCGAACCCAGAGGAUGUGACUAAAAACAACGCCAAAUUAUUGGCAGAGAUUCUCGGUAAACUAUCAGAGCUAAAUAAUGCGAAUGAAAUGAUUGUUUAUGUAAAUGAUGUAUGCGUAAAGACCCCUCCAGAUGGAAGCUUCGCGUUCAUUGAAAUACUCAAUGGAAAUCUUACUGAUCUAAACUAUCUGAUUAACUAUUGUAAACAUGGGAACCUCACUAUUGUACAAUCUUCGGAGUUUACUAUCCAUGGUCAGGAGACCUCCUGCCCGAUUGUCUUCGUGAAUAGCACGUCGCGUCUUUACGACUGUUACGAGAACUAUAUUUUCGGAUAUGACAGUACUAUCUCUACUGACGAACAGACAUUCGGUGCUUUAGUAUGUGAUAUGCAGUCACGAAUUAAUCCAAAAUGUGAGCGAAUCCUAUUAAAUGAGACAGAGUAUGAAAUAUUGCCAAAUGGAAGCAUGGUAUCUGGAAGUGGAAUUGUAUAUGAUCCCCCAGAUUAUUAUUACACGCCACAAGGAGUGCUGGUCUGCACCGAGUACACCAAUGUCAUUUCAGAAACCGUGGUUGUAUUUUUCGAUUUUUCUCGUGCUCAAACUAUCCUGGCAUAUACCGGACUAGCAAUAUCUUCGUUAUGCCUUUUGAUUACUCUGUUGACCUAUGUGAUGUUUUCGGAGCUGCGAACACUACCUGGGCUAAACAUCAUGGCGCUCAUCGUUUCCUCCAUAGGCGGGAAUAUUACAUUCAUCAUAAAUCUUAACCUGGUCCCAGGAUCGUUGGAAUGCCAAGUAACUGCGGUAAUAAUGCACUACUUCUUCUUGACGCGUAUAUUCUGGACCAACGCCAUUGUCUUCCAUGCUUUCCAGACAUUCGGACCGAAGAUGUGUGGAUGUGCCAAUCGGUCGCUUGAUGUUCUUCACAAAAGUAGGGAUAAAUCACGCCUUCGCCAACACAUACCCUACGCACUCUACGCCUGGUGUGUACCUUCUGCGUUCACGGCAGUCGGAAGUGCAUGCCAUUUCGGCGCUUGUGGACCACUACCUGUCUAUUACGGAACUUAUUUUUCUUGUUGGAUUGCCGAUCCUUACUCCUUCUUAUAUCUCUUUGUCUUGCCAUUAGCCAUACUCUUAACAAUUAAUGUUAUUAUGUUUUCACCAAUUGUGUAUAAUUUGCACAAGGCGAGGUCAAGGAAUCGACAUUCGUUGAAAAAGGAAAGCGUAGUUCAGGAACCCACUAAAAAGCCUGCCGAAAUAGCCAUUUACGCCAAACUUUCCACCACAACUGGCUUUUCCUGGAUGUUCGGAAUCCUAGCUUCGUUCACCGACCAAGACUUCUUUUGGCACCUCUUUAUCAUAUUUAUGAGCCUCGAAGGACUUUUCAUUUUUUUAUCAUUCUUUUGUACAAAGAGAAUUAAGAAUAUGUAUGUGAAGCGAUUCGGUAAGAAGUGCAAUGAAAUAGAUCUAGCGAGAAAGCGCUGUGGGCCGACGAGGAGUGCCUAUGCUAUUUCACAACAGGUUGAAAGGCGAAAUUCAAAUGAAUCUAAAGAAACAUUUACGACACUAAAUGUUUGAAAAUCACUUAAUUUAUUUUUUUAUGUAAACGAUUUUGUAGCGAAAGAAAUUGUAAUAGGAAAAAGUUAGGACGAAUGCUGAGUAUUCAUACAUGACACAAUAUAUACAAGAAAAUUAGAGUAAAAUAACUGUACAUGUAUAAUUAUGUUUGAAGGCACAAAGUAGUGUCGCCAACCCUUCCCUCAAUCUUUGUCGCUUUUUUUUAGGGAGGGGGUGGGUUAAGAUCAUCUUUGCAGCACAGCUAUCAUUUAAAGAUGCAUGUAUAAUAAACAUAUAUCGGUGUAUCACAAUGUACACUCAUUGAUUAUGUUCAUUACUUUUGCCAAUCUAGAAAUGGCCAUGGCAUGAAAAACCUAUACUUUGUUUAGGUUUCAUAAUCUUAAUAUGUACGAUAUAUCAUGCAUAUACGAUAUAUACGAUGGCCGUACUUUAUUUUAAAUAUAUAAAUAUAUUCAUC